AUGACUUACAGAACACACUUUAAUUCAUACAUUAACUUCUGCAAUGCCAUUAACUGUGCACCACUCCUGGUGUCAAGUAAGAACGUGUGCCGCUAUGCUGCCUUUCUGGCACGCUCUUGUGCUGUCUCGACAGUCCGUCAAUACCUAAACAUCAUCAGGAUACUGCACAUGGAGUUUGGCCUAGGCAAUCCUCUUACAUCAUGGGAGCUUAAGACCAUCCUAGGGGGAAUAAGACGACACAAGGGAGAUCAAGGGAACCAAAAACUGCCGCUACUUCCAGAGCACCUUUAUAAACUCCAUGGCACAUUCAACCUCAGCAACUUGCUGGACCUACAACAAUGGGCCGCUUGCCUUUGUGCUUUCUUUGGACUUCUUCGAGUAAGCAACGUGACAGUGAAAUCCCAGUCUGAACCAGGACAUUCUUUGUGUCGGAAAGAUUUUUCUGUGAUGGGGAAAGGGGGCAUACUUAGGAUAGCCAAGUCAAAGACAAAUCAGUAUGGACACCCGCCACAUACAGUUGUGCUGCCUUACAUAGCAGGUUCUGCCCUCUGUCCCAUCACAACAUUGUUAAAAUUCCUGGGUGCCCAGCUUGCAGCGCCUGACACACCCCUCUUCUCCUACACAGAUGAGAAAGGAAAUUUAUCUGUGCUUACGCAAUCUCUGUUUCGUCGUCGCCUCAUCCAGGCUUUGAAAGAUAUUGGACUCUCCUCAGCCACCUACAACACCCACAGCCUUCGCAGAGGGGGAGCAACUUGGCUGAUGUCCGUAGGUACACCCCUUGCCAUGGUCAAAGCCAUGGGGGAUUGGAAGAGUGACGCCGUCUACGAAUAUAUCAAACCGUCUACAGCUAUGAAGCUAGAUGUUGUUACAUCAGCAGUGCAGAAACUAUAA